AUGACAAAAGAGCCUGAAUCGCCACCCGACGAUGUCAAGGUGACUGACAAUGGCCAAGAUACCACAAAAUGUGUGUCUGAAGACACAGAAACGGGCACCACAGAGAAGUCUGACGGGAUUUCAACGAGCCAGCCAUCAACAGCAAACUCCGUGCCGCUCAUGAAAUCUGCUUCCGACAUGGACUCGCCGAUCUUGCUCCCAUUGGAUUCAGGGAGCGGACCUAAAUCGAGGUAUUUCAGAAGAGGCUCUUCCAGCAGCAUCAACGUGGACGAUCUCUCCUUUUUCGAUCUGCUCAAUCCCCAGAUCCUAUCAACAGAGAUCCGAAAACAUCCAACCUACCAGCGAGUCAAAAAUUACUCCUCGGAGUCUAUCAAGAAGUUUAACAAAAAGGGAAUCAAGUUUAACAUUAGCAAUGAUGACAUGAAGCGUCUCAAGUUGGUGCUCAAUAACAGACUCGAUAAGCUGUAUGUUGGAAUUGACAAGACUAUCACGGCGUCCAAAACGGAAAAACUGUACUAUGCCAGUUCUGUGUAUCUCAUCUUCUUUCUUGGUCUUGUCAUUGGAAAACAUCCCGAAUGGUUUCAUGUGGUGUACACGGUACUAUUUGCUGUAUUGAUGCCAAUCAGAUUCAUCACUUACUACAAAAUGAACUGGAACUACUACCUAGCAGACCUGUGCUACUUUGCUAACGGGCUGCUCAUGGUGUUCAUAUGGGCUCUCCCAAGCUCAAAAAUUCUGUACGUGACUUGUUUGAGCUUCUCUUACGGUACGCUUUCAUUCGCUGUGAUCACUUGGAGAAACAAACUGAUUCUUCACUCCAUUGACAAAACCACCUCCACCUUCAUUCAUGUGAUUCCUCCCACUGUUAUGUACGUGAUAACACAUCAGCUACCCGUCGAGUACCGCCAAACACGGUUCCCAGGAUCCAUGAAGCUUCAAGAUUGGGAAAUAUGGAACGGAAUCCUGUACACGUCGCUGAUGUACUUUGUGUGGCAGUCGCUGUAUCAUUACUUCAUUAACGUUAAGCGCGCUGAGAAAAUCAAGAACGGAAAGGUGACGUCGUUUGUUCAUCUUCGAAAAGCGUUUGCCAAAAAGCCGAUAGGGAAAUUCGUCAAUUCGCUCCCAGAACCGUUCCCUGUUUUUGCCUUUAUGGUGAUCCAAUAUUUUUACCAGCUGGGUACAAUGACAGUUUGUCCUCUGGUGUUCAAGUACAAAUACGUUGCGUCCAUUUACCUCUCGUUUAUAUUUUUCAUGGCGAGCUAUAACGGUGCCACAUACUACAUUGAUUUCUACGGGAAGAAGCUUCAGGGAGAGGUUGAACGUCUUCAGAAGGAGAUCGACGAACUUCAAUCCAAGGCACGUGAGCACGAGACGGACGGUCAGUCUCCGACAACAGUGCCAAGCUCUUCGUAA